GAAAUCGGGCAUGCACAAAAGUCAAUAUACCGGAAAUUGGCUCGUUUUGCUGAGCAGUAAAGGAGCUUCGUCACAACAAAGACAGCCCUUGGACGGAGAUUAAGAUAGUUUCGAGUUAUUAAUAAUUCAAGGACAUGUAAUUCAGUUAAACCGAACGGAGGAUUGUCCAUUAUCGACAAACAUUACGGUAUCCCAACAUUGUAAUGUUUUUGUAGUGACUACGUACGUUAAAAACGGAGUACUUAUACCUGUAAAAUGGUUUCCUGGUUUCACGUGUCAACAAUAAUGGUUUUGGUGAUGAUCCAGAUUCAUUUGACCAGAGGUGCCAAUGAAGACUGUAUGGACGCUGUUAAUAACGCGGAAGUCGUGGAAUCGUGCCCUACGUCAAAACAAGAGUGGGACAUCGCUGCCCGAAGAAAAAAUUGCAGUAAACUGGCAGCGGAAGGAGAAAGGAAAAAUUGUAUAAUGAAUGAAAAACAACCUGAGUACCACUGCCUCAUUAACGCCCUCAGAGAUAAAUUGUUAGAAGUCUGUGCUCCUGGAAAAACUAUUUUUGGAUAUUGCGCAGAGUUCAAUGAAGCUGGGAAGGUUAUACAAAAUCAUUAUACAGCUCCAUGCGAAGAUGUAUCUCCAAAAUGUGAUAAAUCCUACAGUUCCACGGAUGCUUACAAAUAUCCUGGCUGUUAUGAGCUUGUAAACAAGAUACAAGUUUCAACAGAUGUAGAAUCUGGUGAUCCAGAGUUCAGAUAUGAUAAAAUGGAAAUCAUCAUAACAACAUGCACAAUAGUCACUGUUUUGUGUUUGGUAGCAGUCACACCAGUGCUUUGUUUAAGAAGAAAAAAGGGAAAAAGGAAAAGAAAUAAAGACGCAGAGGCCUUAAUGCCACCUACAUGUACUUCAGAAAAAACGACAAACAAAGGAGCAGAUUCAAAACCAUCCAUACAGUAUUUCCUUUGCAAAAAUCGCAAAUUUCAACAUUUACAUUAUUUCAACAAACGGAUAACAGAAUUUAAAAAUCGAAUAAUGGAAAAAGAGAAUAAUAGCAAUGAUCUAACAAACAAAGUGACAAAAAAUGGCUUUGUCAUAAUUGGGGUGAUUGGAGCAUUUACUGCUGAGGACCUUCUGCUAUUCCCUAAAGGUAAAGCAAUUAAGGAUGUUGAAAAUAAAACCCAUUGGGAAGCAAUCCCAGUACUUUGCUUUCAAAACAAUCUUCCAGUGCAAUCAGCGUUAGAGACUUGCCAUAAAGAAAGCGCAUGUCGAUUGAUCCUUGUAAAACCUGUUCAAGACGUAGCAGACAAUGCAGAUGAUUCUAUCAUAGUUGUUGAUCGGAACAAAGUAAAUAUUUUGGAGGCUUUAACGUCAUGUUUGGAACAACCACUAUGUAAUAUGCUACAGGAAUGGCUACAUCUGUAUUCGGAGGAUUCAGUUAUACUUGGUGAAGUAGAGGCUCUCUAUAAGACAAGACUUAACGCCAACAAAGCAAUUGACCCACCCAAGGUUCCAGACGACUUAAAGAUAUACCUUUCGAGAAGAUCCGACGUAGCAGCUUCUUCAAUGGUCACGAAUUCUUUGCUCAAAGUAUUCGUAAAAAAAUCAACGGAUGAAGAAGAAAUGCAAAAUGAUUUGAAGAAGCUCAACCCAAAGUUUUUUACAAAAUGUCGUCUUCAAUUCGAAAAAGGAUAAUUCAAGAAGAAAAAUACAGGAAGUUUCGUUAAGAAAUACGACGCUGAGAGGAAUUUGGUUACACAGAACAUAAUGGAACUGGUUUUAUGGUAGAUGUAAAUGUUUCAAGUCAAUGAGUUUUAUUUGCUAUGUGAAUCAAACUAAAAAUUUAUAAAGGCGAGAAGGAAAGCAUUUCCUUAAUCUAGUAUAUUUUUACACAAGAAAUGAAACUCUCUCUGAUUUAAUUUCGUUUCUUCAAUUUUUGUGUUAUCUAUCAUUAGACAAAUUUUUGUUUUUAAAGAUAGGACAUUUUCUUUUUAGCUUAAUCUGGUGAUCGCAGUUGUUUAAAUGAUUCUUUUUAACAAAUUUACCUGUAUCAAAUACUUUUACUAAUACCUUCUGUAGAUUUGUUAAAUUUAAGUUGACAUGUCUCUUGAGGCACAUGAAUAUGCAGCAACCGUUUUAUAUGUUCAACGAUGUUUGAAAAUGGGUUGUAACAAGUUUGAGCAACCCAUAUUUUUUAAGGAUUUAAUAGGGACGGUUAAAGUUUGUUUUAAAAGCUUUAUUGUAUAUUUUUUUUACGGAAAAUUCAAAUGUGUGAAUUAUUUGUACUUACCUAGAAUAGAAUAUCAUUUUUUUUAUGUAUAUCUAAUAUGGUAUGAAUUGUCCUUCUAUAAUUUUGAUUGAUAUAUUCACAAGGAUACAAUUUCGAGUUUAAUAUUUCAUGGCUAUUUUUAAUAUGUCAUAUAGGACAUUUUUCCUGCUUUUUAUUAUUUUUUUGUACUCAAUGCAUUACUUUUAAUUAUUUUUUUUAUUAAAAUAGUGUGUUUCUUUCUUUCAAUCCAAGAUGCGACUAUGAUUGCACGGUUACCAAUCAUUGCCAAUGAUAAAACAAAAUGAUUAUAGUUACAUGUACCAUAUCAUGGAUACCUACCCUAAAAGCUUGGACUUGACGUGUACUAAGUUAUUUGGUAUCAACAAAAACGUAUUGUUUGAGGUGUGAAACUAACUAAAUAAAUUUUGUUCGUCUCAUGCAUUCUCUUAAAGCAACAUUUUAUUUUUUUUUUCGAUGUUUUCACGAUUUAAGAAUAUACUUGUAUACAGCUUCGCCAUUAUAUAAAACAUUGUUUUUUUAGAAGUGAAUAUUUACACCCCUCCGGUAAAUAAACUUAAAAAAAAAAGAAAAAAAGAAAUUACAACCCCCCCCCCAAAAAAAAAAAAAGAAACAGGUAAAAAUCCAUGGUUAUGUUUUUUAUUAAAACAUUUCUAAGUUUUCUUGUCGGAAAAUGGCAAUGGUUUCAACAGAUGAAGUAGGCAUAUUUUGUUUUCACUUGGCAACAGGUGUGUGUUUCUUCGUUGUUUUUUUUUUAUUUUAUUUUUUUUGGUUUGGUUUUUGUUUUUCACAGUAAAUUGAUAUUGAAAAUUUGGUGUUAUAAAUAAUGAGUCUAAGAAGAAGGUACAGUUUCUUUUAAUAUUCGCUUUAAAAUUCGAAAAUUGUUUAAAUCAUGAAAAUACACAUAUACUUUCUUGAACACGUGUGUAUAAGCAAUCCCAAGUUCUCCACUUUUAUCUUGUUUCAAAAUAUAAUUAUGACUUCAACAUUUUGGCACAUUUCUAAGAUUUAGUCGGAAAUGAUGAAAAAUGACACAUUUUCUCAUAGUUUUUAAAGAGGAAAACGUGUCCACAGCCAUGGGCAACAACAAAAUUAAUAUUUUUUAAUAUGAUAAAGCUAUAAUGUGAGUUUCAUCGUGGGCGAUGGCUGUGGACAUAGUUUCCUGUCCAAAAAAAAAUACCGAGGAAUUGGUGUCUUCUUCUCAGUUUUAUGAAAAUUAAGGAAAAUGCACUGUUUGUGGCGUCACAAUUACUUUUGUAAAAGUCUAAUAAUCAGGUAAAUAUUAAUAGAUUCUUAGUUUAUGGGUAUUUUUGUGUAAAUAAUUGUUUCAUUUCCAUUUUUGGUGAUAUCUUUAAAAAUCACUUUCAAACAGGGCAAAAUAUGACUGAAACUGUACCUAGUUCUUUGUAUUUUGUACAGGAAUUUUACGUAGCUUACAUUGUUUUUCAAUAUUUCUUCAAUUGUGUAUGAUUGUAUAAUAAAUAAAGUAUCUUAAGUUGU